CGGCGCUGCGGGCGGGCUGGAGCGGGAGGCGGAGCGGCGGGGGCGCCGGGGCGGGGGGCGGCGGCGAGGCCCGGCGGCACAGGACGCCGCCCCGCCGCCGGAGGAGGGAGCAGGCAGCAGGCAGGAGGCGGAGCUCCGCCGCUCGGCCCCAGUGAUUUUCAAAUUGAAAACAAUGGGUAGAAAAGAUGCCUCUACAGCAAGGACUCCUGUUGACCAAUACAGGAAACAAAUAGGAAAACAAGAUUAUAAGAAAACCAGGCCUAUGUUAAGAGCAACGAGAUUAAAAGCAGAGGCCAAGAAAACUGCACUAGGCGUGAAGGAAGUUGCCCUUGUCCUUGCAGCUAUAUUGGUAUUUUUGUUGGCUUUCUAUGCUUUCUUUUAUCUUAACAUUUCCAAUGAAGUUGACCUUGAUCUGGAUCCAGAUGAAAACUAGCAGAUGCAAUGAAUCUAUCAUCAAGAUUUCUUCAGCUUGAACCAAGACUACGUAGGAACACAGUCUCUUCACUGUGAGACAGUAAACAAUGCCAUUUCUUGCAGUCCAAAUUAGUAAGUUUUGCAAUACAUCAGUUACUUCUACAUUCCAGAUCUCCAAAAUAAAGGAAGAACACUCAUGCCCGGCAAGUAUAUUUGGUUAACACCGAAGCCAGGAGCUGCAGUACAACACAUGAAGUUUAUUGUUUACAUUAUUUUUUCUCAGGCAGAGAACUUUGAUGUCAAAAGACAGGUGCUAUUAUUAUCAUGGGUAUUGAUACUGACUUCACAGGAGAAGAAUCUGCCUUGAGUAAAUUUAGGAAUCAAAGCUUCCUAAUAGCCAAAUUAAGUUCCUUUCCCUUUCCCAAGAGGAAGCAGAAAUACCAAAUAAAAUAAUCUUUUAUUGUUUUAUAUUUAAAGUAUAUCAAAAAACCCUGAGUCUUUCUCUCCUUUUUUAUCUUUCUUGUAAAUGUGUGUGCACACAUGCACACACAAAGAUGGAAGAAAUUGUAGGAAAAAAUUAUCUUUUUAGAAGCAGUCUGUCACCUCCUAUAUGGACUUAAUUUUAUGUCAUCCCAGAUUCUGUGUGCCCAUAUAUCUACAGUAAUCUUUUUCAUUCUUUUGCCAACUGUUCAGCACACAUGUGUUCUGUCAGAAAUGGCACCUGGAUGACAGAAGCUCUAGCAUUCGCAUAUGCCUCUGAAACACAGUUCUUUGCCUCCUGUGCUGUCUGAACUAGUGUAAAUAGAAAGUUCAGUCGAUGUUGGGUUUAAUUAGUGUAUUGCUCUAUUAUUAAUAUAAAGUCAAAGUUAUAUUUUAAUUAUACUCUUCCUGUUGUCUGUGGUAUCAACUGGCUCUACCUGUGAGGGGGAUGUUGUAAAAAAAUUCUUUCUGGUUAUGCAAUCAUUUUUAUAAUCAAACUAAUGUGUGAAGUUGUAAGUAUUAAGAGGCUUUUUUUUUUUUUUUUUUUUUUUAUGUACACUUCCAAUAAUUGGGAAAAUCCUGGCUCUGUGUCAUCCUUUAAUUUUCACAAGGUCUCUUUCAGAAUAUGAAGUGUAGGUAACAUUUCUGAUGCCUUUGAUAACCACAAGCAACUUGAAGAAGUUGGUAUGCAGGGAGCUGUUAAAUUCUACUUUUACACUGUUCUGCUUCAGCUUCAGCAUAUUACUGAGCUUAUGGUUGUAAAGGUUUUGGUUUGAUCCUUUAAAUUUGUGGUCAGUCUUUCUCUAGUUUGGUUUCGUUUUGAAACCAAGAAGAGCAUGGAGCCAUUAGUACUGAAUGUGCAAAUGAGUUAGGCAGAUUAACUUCCAGAAAAGAUACUAUAAUUCUGAAAUUUUGUUAGCAAACUAGCUUGGUUGUAUCUUUGAUACCAGUUUGUGGGCUGAAGGUUAGGUUUAACUGUAAAUGAGACAUUUACUGACUUGUUCCAGAAAUGCCUGAUUAAGAUUCCAUACGCUGAUUUUGAAGACAAAGGCGUACCAAAUCCUAGCAACUAUUAUAAUGGAAAAUAUAUUUAUUUUAAAUUGACACAGUCCCAUUAUCACCACUUAAGGAACUCAGAUCGAUGCAGUUAAUUUUUAAACCAUACAGUAACUAUGACCAUAUACGUUAUGACUCUCUAAGGAUACACUUCUUAUCUCUCGCACUCCUUAUUCACUUUAUGCAGUGCAAAACAACUCCUCUAGAAAUUCAGAGUACAACUGUCUUCCAAGAAUACGAAAGGGAAAAAUACAUACAUGCAAAUAUUUCUCAUUUUCUAAUUAUGACUGUUACAGACACAAAAUCUUACCAUUUAUACAUUCAUGUGACUUAUAGGUGGCUAAUACUCUUAUACGUGACCAAACGCUUACCAACACGUUGAAUUUAUGGUGAAAAAUUUUCUGACACAUGGCCCGCCUUUCAGUGUAGAGAAAAGCAUAUCACAAUCUGUCUUCUUGGAUGUGACAUGCCGUUCAUUUCACCAGUGCCACACCACAUGUCACAGAACCUACAGACCUCUCCUUUUACUUUGCAUGAGCAAUUUUCUUGUUCCAUAAAAUGCUGGAAGGAUUGCUUUCUUAAUGUGUGUAUGUAGCUCCCCGGGAGGUAUGUGGUCUCAGAAUGAUGUGUGGUUAUCCCCAUCAUGCAAGUUGUCUCGUAACUUGCUUUCUGAAUUGGUUACAUUAAAAAGCAUGCUAUUCUUACUGUCAAAUUUAUGAACGUGAAGUUCUUAGAACAUGAAGAUCUCAUUUCCCGUAAUUAUGACUCACAGACAAAAUCUGAAGUGCAUAAAUGUGUGACUGAAGCAACUUUCCUGUUUUGUGGCUUAUCAGUCCAUAUUGCCCACAAGUGCCAGUUUGCCUGUUGGCUUCGUUAAGGUUAGGCCAUUUCAUUUACAUGAAAGAUAUUGUCAUGUAAUGAGAAGAUUUUCUGUUGCUUAGAUAAACUGGAUAGAGUUCUGUUCAGUGUACACAGAAAUAACUGGUAAAUAUUGCAGCAAGCACACUGUUUCUCUUAUCAGCACAAUAAUUUCUAAUGGAACCAUGUCAAUAUGUUUUUAAAGCUAAAAGCCUCCACCUUUCAUAAAAUUUUUCAUCCCUGGUUUUCUAAAAGGCACAAGCACAACAAUAUUAACAAUGAGUUUGGAUUAUGAGCUUACUCAUUUAUGAAUCCACUGAAAUUACUGUUGAUUUACUUAAAGGAGAUCGUAAUCUAACCUGAAGUUAUUUUUACUUUCUAGAGCACUGUAGAGACCAUACCUGGUAAUUUAGAAUAGGAACCGAUUUGAGUCUUGCAAACAGGUGGCUUAUUUUGCUCUUAAGUAUAUCUCAGAUUGAAAUAUGUCUCCUCAUUUUUGGACCAUCUAUCUUUGUAUGAGUUGCUUAGUGCCUAUGUUAAUAAUAAAUGUAUUUGUAUUAUCUUUGUGCUCUUAUUAAUGUUGGAGGUGUCACAUUGAAUUACAUAUACAUUUUAAAGGACACUAAAGCAAUCUAGACAGCACAAUGUUCAAGUGUGCUCAGUGAUAUUCACCAGCUUUAGAAUAUUUGUAUUAUUCUAUACCUUUCUAAUCUCUGAGCUCAUAUUCAAAUUAAGUGUAGCCUACUUAAAAGACAAUAAAGAGGACUUCCCUUAGCAUCUUAUCCAACCAAUACAGCAGAUCUUCUGCAGACAAAUUUGUUCCGUGUAGCUCCCAUCAACUUCAGACAGCAUGACUUUAUUAUAAAAGUAAUGUUUUUAUACGCUUGCUUCAAAGAAAGAUUGCUGUUCAAAUCACUUACACUGCAGCCCUGGCUUGACUGAGUAGGUUUUUUCAAGGAUAUUUACCUCUGGGAACAGAGUAGACUUCAGUCUGCUUGUGGAGUAAACAGAGUUUCUUUCAGGCAGAGGCUGUGGUGGAGAUGCCUAUACUGGGCCCUCGCGUGGUGGGUGGGAGUGGAUGUCCCAUCUGGAAGAGUCUCUGGCUCGGAAGGCACGACAGCCUUCCAGCAGUGAUUUUGCUCAGUAAAUAUUUCCUCAGCAGUUUUUUCUUCUCCCUUUGAUCCCACAGAGGCAGAACCAGCAUGUAGACCAUCUCAGGACAGAAGCCUCAGUAUAGCAGUUUUACUAGUGCUGCUGGUGAGCAUUGCCAAGGAAAGGCUUUAACUCCAUUUCCUAGAGUCCAUAAAUAUAUUUUACUGGAAGCUUAGGAGGCAUGUUAAGCAUUUCCCUAAUGGACCCUAGAGAUGUAUUUAAACUUUUGUUGAAGAACGCUUUAUUUAAAGUUCACUGUUGCAUAUCAUAUGGACAUCAUGUGAUUCAGGGUAUGUCAUAGCUCCUUCCAUUCAUCAGACCAGUUUGUAGCAGGGACAGCACGUACAUAACUGCGAAGAUGCGCAACACCAGCAAACUCAUCCUUUCAUUUCGGUAUAAUCUAGAGUAGUUGACCUAACAAGCUAUAUUUGGAGGCAACUUCUAAACAACUUCUAAACGAAGGCACAGUAGAAGCCCUACAAAACCACCCAUCCCAUGUCCAUGAAAACUGCUACCAAGGAAGAGGCUUUUCUGCUGAAUUAGGGCCAAGUUUUGAAUGCUGCCCCUUCGGAGAGGAAACCGUUGCUAGCAGCUCCCAGUAGAGUGAUGAUUCAUUUUGCUCUGAUGUAUGGGAUUGUGCCUAUAAAAGGCACAACUGAGCCAACUGGUGAAGGUCAAAUGUAUUUGGGACAAUUUUCUGUAAAGUACUGUACUUGAAAUGCAGACUAUGCAAGUUAGAGUGCCAACAAACAGGAUACUACAGAUCUUGAUCACAUUUCAAGUUUUACUUACAGUAGCAUAAUAAUUAGCGAUGCUUAUGACUAAGAAAAUAACAAUAUGGCACAUCAAUAAGACAGCAGAAAUGUGACGUUGGAACUGCUUCUUAAAAGAUUUUGUGGUGGAUUAUGCCUGCACUUUGGGAAAUGAAUCCAUGAGAUAAAUAAACUGGCAAAGAUUGUCUGUGAUCAUAUGCUUACAAUAUUUUUCCCUGAAAGAGCCGACGCAGAUAUAUCGCAGCCCUUUUCCCCAUCAUCCUCUUAGUUUGCUGUAAUACAUUCUUUUGUAGAUGCAUUUCUACACUUUUCCAAGAGUGAAGAAAUAUUUUUUGUAGUUUAUCAAUGCAUUUAACUGACAGAAUCCUCUACUCUUCUUCCACCCCCACCCCUCCUUAAUCAGAACCAAAUUGGUGGGGAGACAGCCAAAAUGUUAGGUACCAGUGUCUCUCAAGCAGAUGUCACACCACUAUUUUUUAGCUCGUUUAAAUGAAUAAACAUGUUAAACUGUGAAGUAUUACAUUUUGGAUUUUUUCAUUUAAAAAAAUGGGACAAUCUGUUUACUGUCCUUAAUUGAGACAACAAUCCUGGUGGUUGCCAGUUUUGGCAGUUUUAACGAUGAACUAUAAAUAUUGGGACAAAUCAACUAACUGGUGAUUGUGAAGAAUAGUUCAAGUAGAAGCCUCAUUUUGCAUGAGUACUUUUUCCAGUGCUAUAUAUUUUUUCUAACUUCUAUAAUUGUUAUACUGGUUUUGCAUGUUAAAGCCACAAAUAAAUACAUGACUAGUCAAACGAGA